AUGUCGUCUGAAGAAGGUUUUAGUGAUUCAUCGUUUGAUGAAAUAUUCAAAUCAUAUAAAUCUAAACUGUCUAGAAUUUUAUCUGAUGAUGAGACAGAGAGUGAACAUGAUAGUGAAUGGUAUGAAGGUACCAAUGAUAAACAAAUAUGGUUCAAUCCAAAUGGCAAUCAACCCAAUUUGGAAUGUUUUUCUGGCAUACCUGGUAUCAAUUUAUCAAACUCUAAAGUUGCUAAAUGCACUUCACCAAUAGACUUUUACUUAUUAUUUUUUGAUGAUGAGAUACUCACGUUAAUUGUAAAUCAAACUAAUCAUUAUGCAAAUCAAGUAAUGGAAAAGAAUCAAUCUGAACGAUUAAAUAAAUGGGUACCUACUAAUGCACAAGAAAUUAAACAAUUUUUUGGUUUGAUUAUGUGGAUGGGAUUGGUGAAACUUCCAAGUAUACAAAUGUAUUGGACAACGGAUUCUUUUUUCUCACAAAGUUUUCCACGUACUGUAAUGUCCCGCAAUAGAUUUGAAAUAUUAUUGAGAAUGUUACAUUUUGCGGACAAUGAAAAAAUUGUUAAUCCGAAUGACAUAUUAUGUAAGUUAGAAACAUUGACUGACAUUUUAAAUAAAAAUUUUCAAGAAUAUUAUAAUCCUAGCGAAACUGUUUGUAUUGAUGAAUCUAUAAUCCCAUUCCGUGGAAAAACUAUAUCUAGGCAAUAUAUAAAAUUAUUUAAGUUAUGCAGCACAUCAGGAUAUGUAAAUUCGUUUCAAUUAUAUGCGGGAGAAACUACAAAUACAAAAGAAACAUCAACUAUAAAUGUUGUAAUGUCUCUCUGUCAAAAUAUAAUGAACCAAGGACAUACGUUGUGUACAAAUAAAAGGUAUACAAGUAUCGUGUUAGCUGAAAAAUUACUUUCUCUUGGCACGCAUUUAAUUGGAACUCUUCAAGCAAAUCGUCAAGGCAUUCCAAAAGAAAUAUUAUCGCAAAAGCUAAAACAGGGUGAAAUGAUUGCAAGAGAACAUAAAAAUGGAUUAACUAUUUUGAAAUGGAAGGAUAAACGAGACAUACUUAUGCUUUCAACUAAACAUUCUGUGGAGAUGGUUACAGUUGCUGGUCGAAAAAAUAGUUCUAUUAAACCAAAGAUUUUUGUAGAUUAUAACGCCAAUAAGUCAUAUGUUGAUAUAUCUGGUCAGAUAAAAUCAUAUUUCAAUCCUCUAAGAAAAGGUCAAAAAUGGUAUAAAAGAAUAGCUUUUGAACUUUUGCUUAAAACCUCAGUAAUAAAUGCUUGGGUAAUGUAUAACAAUAUAAUAACCCAACGUAUGUCAAUUUUGGAAUUUCAACAAAAAUUAGUAACACAACUAACAACACGUAAAGGCGACACUGACAAUGCAUCUUUACCCAGACCACAAAUUGCAAUUAGAAAGCAUCACGAAAUACAAAAAAAAAGUGGAAGCGCACGAAAAAUUAGGCGACGAUGCAAAAAAUGUUAUGAAGAUAAUGCAAAGGAAUUUGGUCGAGUAUAUGCAAAGAAUCGUACAAAGAAAGUAACUACAUAUUGUGGAAAUUGUACUGACAACCCUUAUUAUUGUUUGCCAUGUUUUAAUACGGUUCAUCGUAAUAUGCCUAUGUAA